AUGCACGCUGCUGGAAGUGUAUAUGGAGACAAGAUGCUCGCAUCACUCCUUCGCCAUACUCUUCGCUCUGGCUCAGCUGCAACCAACACUAGACUACGUAUAACAGACAUCAUUAAUCUUGUUCCACAUAGCCUGAUGGAAGAUGAUGAAUAUGAGGGCUCUCGUAUUCCUCGUAUGUCGUGGAUCAUGUGCAAUGUCUGGUCCAUGACCCAUGACCCCAAAAUAUAUAAAGAUGCCGAACUCUUGAAUCCCAAUCGGCACCUUUCACUGAACAACUACCACUGUGUCCGCCAUGAACAUGUCAUGUUCCAUUCCGUCUACUGUCUCAAGCAUAUCUUUUUCAUUCCUGACAGUGGAGGACAUCAAGUAGAUUCUGCACGGUAUUCUUCGAUCGUCAGGACAUGUGAGUGCCUAGCUCUCGGUGGCCUUGGGACAGGCCACUUCGGUCACAUUGAACUCCCUGCUCCUUAUAGAUUCAAACUAGGUCGAUCAGUGAUCUGCAAACAUGUCGCCAAACUCCGCCUGUUGGAACAUAGUCUCCUUGACGAUGAUGAAGGCAGUCGUGACGAAACCAUUUCUGAAUCGGAAUCCCGUGUUAACUUAUUCGUUAUGGUGCGUCUCAGCAAGGCUUCUGGCAGCGAGUGGGAUCACUACAUGGACAAUCUUGUCUAUCAGGACCGGACAGAUCUCAUUCAAGAGUUUACGAGAACAACUAUCAUGAAAGAAUGUAGCAAUGAAGGUUGUGGUGCCUUCGCCUACACAUUCCGCAAAGAGGGAUUCACUAAAAUAGCUGAAUAUGAUAUCUCCAUCAAGCAAAAAAACCAGCAUGGAGCUUUCAGCCUUAAAAGGCCAGAUGUCCUCUUUUUCCAGCAGCAAGCUGUGAAUGCUUCAAAAAUUCGCUCUGAACCUUUGAAUACCAUGGACAUAGACUCAGAAUCUGACUCGGAACCUGACGAGGAGCCGACAUACUCAGACGAGGAAGAGGAACUCCAAGUUACCCGUCUCUUGAAAGAGAACGGACUUCUUCGUGCUGCAAAUGGUAAAGUCAAGAUCACACGCGGCCACAAUGAGCGUGUCAUGGCACCAGAAGAAUACCGUGCUCAUUUGCAUCUUCUUGUCCGUAACUGCCUGAGAUUUGUUCCCUUGUCUUUGGCUGACAUGGCCCCUUCUCUCCCCUAAAUGCUGCAGGUCUGUCAUUGGCAUCUGUCAAC